AUGGCCGCCGCCGCGGAGCAGGAGAAGGAGAAGGAGCUCCUCUCGUUGGUGGUGGACGACAUCCGCUCCUACUCCGGGUCCGACCCCCUCCGCCCGUGGCUCCGGGGGAUGCGGAAGAUGGAGCGGGCGCUGCCGUCGGCCACGCUGUGGGAGAAGCUGCCCAGGUUCCUGCAGAAGUGCGCCCAGGAGUUCCAGGGCGACGCGCGCUACCGCGACGACCCGCGAUACCUCCGCGUCUGGAUCCAGCUGAUGGACUAUGUGACGGAUGCGAAACCAUUGCUCAAUAAGAUGGAGCGGAAUGGAAUAGGCCUCAAGAGAGCUUCAUUUUAUAUGGCUUAUGCUCUGUAUUAUGAGAAGCACAAGAGGAUCAAUGACGCAGAGAAGAUGUAUCGUUUGGGAAUCCAGAACCUUGCAGAGCCUAUUGGAGAGUUGCAAAAGGCACAUGAACAGUUUCUUCUUCGCAUAGAAUCAUACAAGAGGAGGAAAGAUAAACUGCAGGAAAGAAUGCCUAGGAAAGCUGGGUCAAGUGCUACACUGAUGAACCAAGUUGAAGGUGAAAGCAGAAACUGUAAAGAACUGAAAUCCAAUACAAUGCAAAAGUCAAGAAGCAGUUCCAAUCCCUCAGUAGGUUGUUAUCCUCCAUUAGGGCCUGCUAAAGUGGGUAUACUAUGCAGAGGCAACUCAGGAGCUAAAAAGAAUUUGCCCCGUUGUAAUAGUGAUGAUACUGUAGUUGUACGGUUUGUAGGCUCUGCAUUGAUUGGGAAGUCAGAAACUGAAGAUGCCUGCCAUCAUGGCUUAGUUGAACCAACUAUAAACACUAAGGAGGCUAUGGAUGCCAUCAAUAGCAUGUUUUUGGAGCCAGUGGAACCUGAGACAAUGCUCAAGAGACGAUCAAAACCUAAGAAACCAAAUUAUGAUCAGCAGGCAAGUGCAUUUGGUAUCUUUGUUGAUGAAGAUGAACCUAAAGGUAAUCCAAAUGUGCUUCACAACAACAACAUGAAGCAAGACCAUCCGAAAUUCAGUCAGCAAACAGGAGGGUUUGCGAUCUUUGUUGAUGAGGAUAGUCCUGAUGGCAACGACCAAAAUGUGAGGCAAAACAAGAACUCUAAUAAGGAAAACGUGAAGUUGAAUCAGGAAACAAGCACGUUUGAAAUCUUUGUUGAUGAAAAUGAGGCUAAUGGCAAUGUCCAGAAUGCCACAUGCCACAGGAAGAAUAGGUCUCCUCCAAGACCAUUAUGUGAUUCAUCUAAGAAUCGAGGCGAAAGUGACUUCCAGAAGCCAUUUGUUGGAGGAUUUGCAAUACUGCCAGAUGAUGAAGAAGAACAAUGUGAGAAAAGUGAUGGCGGUAUGAAGGUGAAUUCUAGAACUGUGCAGCCUACUAAUGAUAAUAAUACUUUGCUCUGUCCAGUUCGAGAUGAUUCAGGAACAAGAUAUCAUGAAGGUUCUCAUCCUGUGAGUUCUGGGCUUGGAGAAGACAUUGUCAUUCAUAGAUUUGUUGGAUCCACUAUUGAUGAUGAGCCUAAGGUGGAAAAUGCAUGCCACCAUGGGUUAGUCGAUCCAACUGUCAAUCUAAAGGAGGCUAUGGAUGAUAUAAAUAAUAUGUUUGGGAGACCACUGAACUUCAAGGGUGACAGAACAAAGCGGAAAGCCAAUGCACUGUCAGAUAGAAAAACAGCUCCAGCUUCUGGUUUCUCCAUAUUAGCUGAUGAUGACCUAAAAGAUAACCCUACCAGCAAAGCCGAUCAGAAGAAUUCUUGCAAAUUUGAUGCUGAGGAUGGUCUAUUUGAGCCCACAAUCACCACCCGUGAUGUCAUGGCAGAGAUCAAUGAUAUGUUUGGAAUGCCACUGGACUUCUAA